UUGAUUAUAGAAUAUAAUUAGCAAGAGACUCUCCAUUGUCUCCACAGCAUAAUCCUGCUCUUGAAAACUUCGAACAAUUUCUGGCUUUUGUGGUUCUACCUUGUCCAACUGUUUAACAAAUUAUGGAAGCAGUCGUCUCUAGCAUUGCUGAAGGGAUCGUUGGGAGAUUGGGCUCUGAAGCUGUGCGAGAAAUUGCAUUGCUUUGGGGUGUAAAUGAAGAGCUUAUACGACUUGAAGAGACCAUUUCAACCAUCAAAGCUGUACUUGCUGAUGCAGAGAAGAAGCAGAUCCAUAACGAUCAAGUCAAAACAUGGCUUAGUAGACUUGAAGAUGUUGUCUGUGAAGUUGAUGACUUGGUGGAUGGGAUUUCAACUGAAGCUUUGCGACGCCAAGUGAUGACCAGUAACACCCAUAUAGCCAAGCAGGUAUGCACCUUCUUCUCGACCUCGAAUCAACUUGUGUUUCGACACAAGAUGAGUCACAAAAUAGAGUCUCUUAAAAAGAAACUAGCUGUGAUUAGAGAUGAUAGACAAUUCCAUUUGGAGGAACACCACGGAGAGGCUCAACCAGUGUAUAAUAGAGCGGUGAGGGAUACUCACUCGUUUGUCUCUAAAGGAGAAGUAGUUAUGGGGAGGGAUGGUGAUAGAAUGAAAAUCCUUCAACUUUUGUUGGAUACGAAAUCUGACCAUGAGAAUGUAUCAGUUGUUAAUAUAGUGGGUCAGGGAGGACUAGGAAAGACCACACUUGCUCGACUUGUGUUCAAUGAUGAAAAAAUCGAAAAACAUUUUGAUCUCAAAAUGUGGGUGUGUGUCUCUGAUGCAGAUUUUGAUGUUAGAUUGCUUGUUCAGAAAAUUAUUAAAUCUAUAUCUAAUAAUGAGAAAGUUGAAAAUUGUGAGAUGGAAUUAUUGCAAAAGUCUCUUCGAAAAAAAAUAAGUGGAAAGCGAUAUCUCCUUGUUCUUGAUGAUUUAUGGAAUGACAAUCGCGAAUUAUGGUUGAAGUUGAAAGAUUUAUUGUUAAAUGGCAUAGAUGGGAGCAGAAUAAUUGUAACUACUCGCAGUAUGGUGGUUGCAAGGAUUACAAAGACCACAUUAGAACCAUAUCUCUUAGGAAAUCUUGAUGAUGAUGAGUCUUGGUCUUUGUUUAAGAAAAUGGCAUUUACGGAAGGACAAGAACCAAACAACUCCAACAUCAUCCAAAUUGGAAAGGAGAUUGUCAAAAAAUGCAAAGGAAUUCCUCUUGCCAUAAGAACCAUUGGAAGGAUGCUGUACUCUAAAGAUCGAGAAACCGAGUGGUUGUCCUUCCACAAAACUGAAUUUUCGAAGAUAUCUCAAGAUGAUAGUGAUAUUUUACCCACAUUAAAGCUUAGCUAUGAUUGUCUCACCUCCAAUUUGAAACAUUGUUUUUCCUAUUGUAGCUUGUUUCCUAAAGAUCAUUAUAUUAAUGUAGAAAACCUUAUCAAGCUUUGGAUGGCUCAAGGAUUUAUUAAGGCAUCUGAUGCAAAUCAAUCACUAGAGGACAUGGGCCGUGAAUAUUUUAUGGAAUUAUAUUGGAGAUCGUUUUUUCAAGAGGUGGAAGAAGAUGAGUUUGGUAAUAUAGAUUAUUGUAAAAUGCACGAUCUCAUGCAUGAUCUUGCACUAAAAGUAGCUGGAGCAAAGUGUGCUAUGUUACCAUCAGACAAAAAAGAUAUUGACAGAAGAGCUCGUCAUUUGUCAUUCGAUUUUCCCUUAAAAUCAUCCCAACAGAUUCCAAUUUCUCUGUCUCAAACAGCAAAUAGGAUCCGAACAGUUCUUUUGCCUAGCCAACAAAGGGAAGGUUAUGCAUUGAGAGAAAGUUUGCAGUUAUGUGAUGCAACUUUUUCAAAUUUCAAGCUCUUACGUUCUUUGGAUCUGCAUGACUCUGGAUUAACGACAUUAUCAAAUUCCAUUGGAAAAUUGAGGCAUCUAAGAUAUCUCGAUCUUUCUGGUACAAAAAUCAAGGCAUUGCCUAAUUCCAUUACCAAGUUACAGAACUUGCAGACUCUGAAGCUGUCCAGGUUGGGUGAAUUCAAAGAAUUUCCAAGAGAUAUGAAAAAAUUAAUAAGCCUCAGGCACCUUGAGUUUCUUGGGGUGAGGGAUUUGAGACAUAUGCCAAGUGGACUGGGACAGUUGACUAAUCUUCAAACCUUAUCAUAUUUUGUGUUGAGUAAAGGGACAAACUUGAGGCAUGGUUGUGGUGAUCAUGUUGCUGAGCUAAAGGAACUAAUGCCUUUAAAUAGCUUGAGAAAUCUUUGCAUUACAAAUUUGAGACACGGAAAAACAGAUGGUAAGGCAGCAAAUUUGAAGGCCAAACAAUAUCUUCAAUCCUUAGAAUUAGAUUGGUCUUCAUCAAAUGAUAGAAAAGAUCUUGAAGGCGCCAUGGAAAGUACUAGCACUGACGAGUAUGAAAUGACAUUGGAGAGCUUCGAGCCAGUCCCAAAUCUGAAAAAGUUGGUGUUAGAAGGUUACGGGGGUGUGAGGUUGUCAAGUUGGGUUUUCUCUCUUAAACAGCUUGUAAGCUUUUCUUUGUCAAACUGUAUAAAAUGCCAAACUCUGCCACCAUUGGAUCAGUUCCCUUCUCUCAAGGAACUUAGUUUGUCUAACAUGCCUCUUGUAGAAUAUAUUUCAGAUGACUUCUUCACUCCAUCAAAUGUGGCAUCAUUGAUGCCAUCCUUGGAAGUUCUGAAUCUUGCAGAUUUGUCUAAUCUUAAAGGAUGGUGGAGAGAUACUGUGACAGAUGGUACUUCUGAAAGUACAACAAUGCCAUCAUCAUCCAUGUUCCUUUAUCUUCCUCGUCUUUCUGGUUCACGAAUUGAGGGUUGCCCCAAAGUGAAGUUCUUGCCCUUCUCCCCAUCUAUCGCACACCUAACACUGGAAAGUUCAACUUGGAUGCCAUUCCAUCGAACAAUGAUGAGCAUUAGAACAGAAGAAACGUCAUUGUCAUCAUCAUCAUCAUCGACUCCUUCAUCUACGCAACUUAUCGCUUCCUCUUUCUCUCAUUUGGUGUCCACUUUGAAAUAUCUGUGGCUAUGCAAUAUCGAUGAUGAUCUACACUCUCUUCCCAAUUGGUUCAAAAGCCUUACAUCUCUAAGGGGCCUGAGCUUUGAUGGGUGCUCAAAGUUAAAGCAUCUGUCCCCCAUUAUUCAACAUCUAGUCUCACUUCGAGAGUUGUAUAUUAUUCGAUGCAAUGAGCUUGACAUGUCCAAUGCUGAAGUGAUUUCAUGGAAAGCCUGUAAAAGCCUUGUGUCUCUCUCAUUCAUCAGUCUUCCACGACUGGAGACUCCUCCUGAAGGGCUUCAAUACUUUACUACCUUACAGGAACUUCUAUUUUUUGAUUGUAAGAAUUUGAAGGCCAUACCCGAGUGGUUUAGUAACCUCACAUCACUUACAAAUAUUGAUCUAAAGGAAUGCCCCAAUUUGACAUCAUUGCCUGAAGGAAUACGCAGUAUCACCUCUUUACAAACAUUGAGGAUAUGGGGAUGUCCCAUCUUAUUGCGGAGAUGUAAAAGGGAAAAAGGAGAGGAUUGGCCUAAAAUUGCUCAUAUCCCUGGUUUGGAUUUUGGGCCCCUUGAUGAUUCGGAAUCCUCUUCUGUCUCAGGGUCGUCCAAGUGGAAAAUCUUUAACAACUUUAGAGUACCCCAACUCUGUAACAAAUAAUGAAAUAAAUAUAUCACAAGCCAGCUUGAGAGGAAGUUGAGCUAGAAAAACAAUACGAGUUCGGCUGUUUUCGCUUUUCCUAACUUUCAAAACUGAAACUCGGCAUAUGCUGUAGGGUAAAUUUGGGCCCACCAAAAGCCCACCACAGCAAAUACAAAGCCAACACACCAGUCCAAAUUCAUGUUCACAUUUCCCAAACCUAUCACAUGAGAGCAGCUAGGAGGAACCAGAAGCGUUUUGCAUACAGAAGGGGAAGAAGUAAGUGGCAACCCUUCAAAACAAAGGACACAGGUGGGAACAAGCGGGGAAAUCAAGGACUAUGCGUACUGAAGAAGAAAAAGCGCGGGCAAGUCUAGGCACUCAGAAGCAUUGGGAUUGUUCCAUGUCACUGACCAUCUGGUAUCAGACAAAGGGCUGUGGGGCGGCUAGGAGAGAAUAUUUAGAAAAGCAAUACGGCGUCGUUUUCCGCCAGUUGGUUUUAGAAGCCAAAUCUUGAAACGAUGUCGUAUGACUUUGUCAUUUGUGUUAAAAGCUAGUCCAGUUAGUUAAUUGUUUUGUCUGAUUGUUAGAAUUGUUAAACGCUGCGUUUUAGUCUUUUAACUUUUAUCAAAGAAGCUUCUUGAUCUUCUUGUUAAUUUUCCAUUUGUCUCAAACGGAUGGCCAUUGUUGUAUUAAUUUCUAAGCGUGAGAAUAUUAUUGAUCAACUAGCUCCAGAACCUUUUAGAGUAUUCUCUCUGUUCCUUUUGAGAGCUUGGAUUCAUUCUAUACAGACUAUUGCGGCGUCAUGAGAUUAGAGUUACAAUGAUGCUGCAAAAUCCUCAACCCUGUACGGUAUUAUUAAUUUGCACAAAUUGUACUACUUUGUUUUUGUGAAUAUGGAAAACUAGUUGAUGAGUAUAUUUUGUCAAUGAAACAAAG